AUGGUGUCUUUUGACGUCGUCUCACUCUUCACGUCCAUACCACAGACCCUUGCGGUCGAAACGCUCAGUGACCUGUUACGUCAAAAUUACGACGGAGGCGAUGGCCAGCCCACAGCUCAGGAUCUCAUAGAACUCAUAGGGCACUGCCUCAAGACAUUCUUUACCUUCGAAGGGACCACAUACGAGCAGAUCAAGGGCACUCCAAUGGGUUCACCAAUCUCCGGACUCAUUGCCGAGGCGGUUCUACAAAAACUCGAGAGACGACUAUUCGAGGAGUACAAACCCAAGUUUUGGGCACGAUACGUUGAUGACACCUUCGUGAUCAUAGACCAGGAUAAAAUCAACUACUAUGCGGAAGUACUGAACUCAAUCAUGCCCGAUCUACAGUUCACGAUGGAAGAGGAAGUCGAGGACAAACUUCCAUUCUUGGAUGUUCUCGUCUGCCGCCAACCAAAUGGCGAACUAGCGACGUCGGUCUACAGAAAACCGACGAACACGCUGCAAAUUCUCAGCUACAACAGCAACCACCCGCCACAACACAAACGAAGCUGUGUCCGCACGUUGUACCGACGGGUAGAAACUCAUUGCAGCACGCCAGCCGCCAAACUGAAUGAGAUAAAGCUCCUCCGAGAACUUUUCAGAGCCAAUGGCUAUCCACGGGCAUUCAUUGAACGAAGCCGGAAGCAGCCAAAGAAACGGAACGAGGAGCACAGUCAGCCAAACUCGUGGCGGAGCAUUCCGUACAUUAAAGGGGUCUCCGAAGUCGUGGCUCGAUCACUCGCGCCACUCGGCAUAGGUGUUGCCCACAGGCCUGACUCAACAAUCCGCCGGCAAGUGAUGCGGCCGAAAGAUCCGAUCCCUAAGCAGGAGAUGUCGGCCGUUGUCUACCGACUCCAAUGCAGCUGCGGAAGUUGCGACUACGUUGGGGAAACCGGCCGACGGCUGCAAACGCGAAUGCACGAGCAUAAGUUGGCCGUGCGAAGGUUGGACCCAAAGUCGGAGGUAGCAACCCAUGCCGCGCAAAUGGGACACAUCUUCAACUUUGACGCCGUUGAGGUUGUGGGCCGGGGCGGCGAUCACACAGCAAGGCAAGUGCAAGAAGCCUGGAUGUCCACCGACCGCUCUGUCAACCGCCACAUCAAUUUGCCUCCCCCUUAUCUGACUUUACGAACCUUCUUAGCGGGGGACAGUCACGGCGCGGGACAAUCGGGGCCGUCAGUCAUCACCGCGGCCGACGGGGGCGAUUCAAGUCACGGUGACAUGCGGGUUGGAUGCAGCCACACAGGCGGCAUUGGCAGAUCACGCAUUGGACAAAUGGCGCCAUAA